CACCCCUCAUCAAAGGACCUUGUCUGGGCAGGAAAAAUGAUCUAGCAUCCUGGGCUGCAACCAAUGCAGACCCUGGUCUGGGAGGCGAAGGACGGCGAUGUAUAUACUUUGUGAUGACAUGAUGUCCUGAGAAUGACAGAUGAGCACGUUCAAGACACAAUGGAGGAGUUUCUUCUCUCCCAUGGUUACCAGAUGGGUAAAACCAUUGGAGAAGGGACAUAUUCAAAGGUCAAGGAAGCUUUUUCAAAAAAACACCAACGAAAAGUGGCCGUGAAAAUUAUAGACAAAAUGGGAGGACCAGAAGAGUUUAUCGAGAGAUUCCUGCCCAGAGAGCUCCAGAUCGUCAAGCGCUUGGACCACAAGAACAUCAUCCGAGUGUACGAGAUGCUGGAGUCAACGGACGGGAAGAUCUACCUGGUGAUGGAACUAGCAGAGGAUGGAGACGUGUUUGACUGUGUCCUGCAAGGGGGGCCCCUGCCUGAGAGCCGGGCCAAAUCGCUCUUCCGCCAGCUGGUGGAAGCAAUCCGCUACUGCCACAGCUGUGGGGUGGCACACCGUGACCUCAAGUGCGAGAAUGCGCUCCUGCAGGGUUUCAACCUGAAACUGACCGAUUUCGGAUUUGCCAAGCUGCUCCCCAAAAACCGGAAGGAGCUGAGCCAGACAUUCUGUGGCAGCACAGCCUACGCAGCCCCCGAGGUGCUGCAGGGCGUGCCCCACGACAGCCGGAAAGGUGACAUUUGGAGCAUGGGCGUGGUUCUCUACGUCAUGCUCUGUGCAAACCUGCCCUUUGACGACACGGAUAUCCCCAAGAUGCUGUGCCAUCAGCAGAAGGGGGUCUCCAUUCCUGGCCACUUGGGGAUUUCUGAGGAAUGCCAGGACCUCCUCAAAAGCCUGUUGGAACCGGACAUGAUCCUGAGACCUUCCAUCGAAGAAGUGAGUUGGCACCCGUGGUUAGCAAGCUCCUGAGAAAAGGACCAUGUCAAAAACUCUCCCCAAAUAAAAGGGGACAGGCUGUUUCCAAAAUGCUCACAUA